CUACAGAUAUGAACGAGGGCUGUAUUACUGCUUCUUCAUUUGCUUUCCUUCCUCCUCCUCACCGUCCGCAAUAUUGAGGAACCUCUAUGAUCCAAUUGAAGCAGCACCGGCGAGCAAUGUACACAAGCACGUGAAAAAAGCCUCGAAGGCGGCAAAGGGGCCGGAGUAACGCAAGACUGUUUAGCCUAAGAACCCCAUCACCGAAUCUCCAAGAAAAGCCCAUCACAGAAUCCCCAAGCCACCGAUUCCCCCAAACAAGCCACAAAAGCAAGCCAUCCCAUCCCGGAAUCCUACGGUCCCUUCGCCUUGGCGUCGAAAUUUCGUCUUGGCAUCACCGGCACGACUUGCACUGCCCCGGCCCGCCCCCAAAUCCGCUCCCUGAAAAAUGAACAUCAAACCCAUAUUUAUCCCAUCCUUGGCGAUCCCCUAUUCAUCCCUGCCUCUACGGUAUGGAGCGCGCAGAAUUCGCUCCCCUCGCAAUGUGGCCGCUGCUGCUGGUGGCGGCCAUUCAAGACUCUCCCUCCCCCCUCCCACGCCUUCUUAAAUCAAUCACACGAGAAUACGAGAAUCCGCCACCGGCGUUUCCCCACGCUUGCCGCUGUCACCUGUCACAACUUCAAUAGUUCGAUGACCACACCGGCAAACCAGUGCACACCCUCCACGUCCUAGCUCCCGCUGUCUGACACCCGCCCCGCCCGCCACAAUGAGGCCAGCACCUGCCCUGGCGUCUGCGCUCCUCCUCGCCAUCCUCCCACUCGCCAGCGCCGUCACAGUCCGCACAUGUUGGGGAUACGAUGGUAAGAACUGGGAGAACAAUGUGCUGUGUCCUGGCUCUCAGGCUUGCUGUGGAGUAAAUGGCAUGUGUCUCCCCAACAAGCUGUGUAAUAGCAAGAAAGAUGGAACGGGGGAGAUAAUCCGCGGGCCCUGUGCGACACAACCGUAUGAUCCGGUGGAAUGCGGUGAGAUCUGCUUAUAUGAUGAGAUCGAUGAUAGGUUCCCUCGCGUGACCAUCUGCGAAGAUGAUGGGAAGUACUGCUGCAACAACGACAAGGACUGCUGCGCCGAAGGUAGGGGCGUGAUCUUGAACGGCGCAGGGAAGGUGGUGGGAAAGGCAGUCUCGAGUUCAAGCUCGACUACCUCAGUGCCAUCGACAAUGUCGACAUCAUCAACCUCGCCGCCCGAAACUACAACAUCGGACUCCUCGUCAACAUCAGACCCCACCACUACAUCCACCAAACCAACCACCCCCACAGCAGCCUCCGAAACCACAGCCCUCAAUGACGCCGCUUCCCCCUCAGAGACCGCCGCAGCAGGCGGCCUAGCAACCGGUGCCAAAAUCGGCAUUGGAAUCGCUGUUCCCCUGGGCGUCCUCGCAGCUGCCGGACUCGGAGCGUUUCUCUGGUUCAGGCGCCGACGCGUGUACUCUGCAAGCAAUGAUGGGUAUAAACCGUCGCCCCAGGGGUCACCGGCCCAGGAACUAGUGGCAACGGAUAUUCCCCGGGAGUUGCAGGCUUUCCCGAAAGAGCAGAGUAACAUACCUAUUGAGUUGCCGGCGGAUGAGGCGGGGAUGCAGGCGGCGAAGGUGAAUUAUAAGCCGUAUGUGAGAGGGGCGUAGUCAGGGAUAGAGGGAUUGGUGAGGGUGUGUAAAUAAUGGAGAUGAUGUUAUGUGAGUUGAAUAAACGAUGUGUAUAUAGUAUAGAGGAGAUGUUAUAUAAG